AUGGUACAUGGCCUUGUCACAAACACACAGAGAUAUAUUGUCUACUUGAGAAAAAAAGCACCACCAUUCUUUUGGAAAGACUUGAUGUUGGAUAGUGGCCCUGACCCCUAUCUCUACUUCGUGUUUGAGUUGCAGCAGGCUAAUGUUGUGGGUAAAGAUCUGAGUGGAACAUCAGAGUUGUUGGAGUUGCAACAGGCUAGAGUUUCUAAUGUUGUGGGCAAAGAACAUCUCCAGGCAGCCAUCAAGAAAUAUCAACUGUUCUUCAACCUCAAUGCUACAGGGAUACUCAACUCUGCAACAGUGCACCACCUGAUCCAACCAAGAUGCGGCGUAAGAAACUUUAUCAAAGCCCCAAGCUCGGCGAAAUUCCACCGGAAUAUUAAUGUUAUCGGCAACUCAAUUUCAAUGAUCUGUAAGCUCAGUGGUGCUCGCUGGCCAGCAUCAAGAAGGAACCUCUUGUACAAGAUCUGGAGGACAGCCGACCUGCCAUAUCCUAUAGAAGAUCUGAGACCACUGUUUUGUGUAGCAUUUGAAACAUGGGCCGCUGUCUCGCCAUUCGAGUUCGUAGAGAUGUUAUUGAGAACGGCCAAUCUGCACACUGUGUUCUACAGAGGGAAGCAUGAAAGUUGUCCGAUGGCAUUUGAUGGUCGUGGUGGAUCGCUGGCGCACUCAUUCGAUCCGCCAAUUGGGAUCACUCACUACGACGCAGAUGAUUUAUGGGAGAUCAACCCUCAGAAAUUGGCAGAAACAGAGGGAUCGAGUGACCUGCAGUCAGUAGCCCUUCAUGAGAUCGGCCAUCUGUUGGGGUUGGAUCAUAGUUCAGUUCCUGAAGCAGUCAUGUAUCCUUCCCUGAAACCUCAGACAAGGAAGGUGGAGCUUCAUGCGGAUGAUAUUGCAAGCAUCAAGGCACUGUAUCCUGACGGCUGA